AAUAUUAAUUCUUGAAAACAAUAGAUAAGUUCAACGUCGAAAGGGAAAACGGUUUUUGAAAUUGAGAACAGUAGCGAAGCUGCUCGUGUAAAUAAGUAGCUUACUGCGGAUAAAUUGCCUCAAAAUGAAGCGAAUGUUUACGCUGAAAAUUCAGUCGCUCGGAUACAUGGAGUUGCAUCAUUUGCUAACCGAUGCAAAUAUAUAUGUGUUGACUCGAUGUUUUACAAUAUCAUUUUUCAGACGAUGAAAACAAAUAUUUCCAGCUCUCUGUUUCCAUUAAUACGAAUAAAUUAGCAAACUAGAUGCAGUAAGAAUUCAAGUAUGCAAAUAACCUCUAACAAGAUGAAUACUUUUACGAUGAUCAACAUCGAUGAUAACAUGACCAGAGAGACCAAAACUAUAUCAACAUUAGAUAGCUACAGAAUGGUCAGCACGACGCAUGGGAAUGAUACUCUGUUUUUCCAAUACCCACCGAUACUCAUGGAUCUUGCUGCUGUGUUACUAAUUCUCUUUGCCAUUGUUGGCAUAGCAGGAAAUUUCAUAUCUAUUCUUGCUCUGUCCAAUUGUAAAAGACUCCGAAAUGCCACAACAGCUUUCAUAGUGAACCUCUGUGUUGCAGACUUCUUAUUUUGCUGCUUUUCCAUUCCCCUCUCCGCUGUGGUGUUCUUAGAACGAGAUUGGAACUACGGUGACAUACUUUGCCAACUGAUACCACUGGUGCGGUACUCCAACGGCGCAGUGUCGUUAUUCAGUGUCAUAGCAAUAGCGAUUAAUCGAUACAUACUAGUAGUUCACCCAUCUUUGUAUCGGGAUAUGUAUAAACCCCGAUGUGUUGCUGUGAUGAUCUUCUUCAUUUGGUUAUGUGCACUGGCGUUAUUGUUCCUUCCUUUGUUAGAAAUCUGGGGAAGAUUUGGAUUUGAUCCAAAGGUUGGCACUUGUAGCAUAUUAAAAAUGAAUGGAAAAUCGCCCAAAACUUUUAUAUAUAUAGCAGCAUUUACUGUUCCAUCGAUUGUGUUUAUUUUUUGUUACGCAAGGAUUUUUUGGGUAGUGCACAAAGCCUCAAAACAAAUACGAAAUGACGUUCGUAAAUCCUCUAUUGAUCCGAAUUCUGUCACAUUUUCAUCCAAAAAAGGCGUAUUUCAUAAAGACUAUAAGCAUUCGGAAAUGCCAGCAAAAGUGAAUACAAGCUAUAAGCCACAAAAAGCUGAGUUGAAGGUUCUGAAAGUCAUGCUUGUUAUUUUCAUCACGUUUCUCGUUUGCUAUUUUCCCGUAUCGUUUGUUAAAAUAUUCAAGAAGGAAUAUGAUUUGCCCGUUUUAAAUGUUAUUGGGUAUAUGGGAGUAUAUUUUUCAAAUAUUAUUAACCCAGUGAUAUACGUGCUUAUUAGCAAAGAAUAUAAAAAAGCAUAUACAGAGCUAUUUUGUAAGAAAUGUGAUGAAAAACUAACAACAAAUACCACAUAAUUGUUCUUAACGCAAAAUGAAAACAAAAUAUUGCAUGAAAAACACAAUGUACCAUUUUUUAUUUCUAUACUAUGUUUUUCUUUUAACCAUACAAUGAAUAUGUCACCGUAAGAGACCGAAAUCGGUGAUUGUCGAUUUUUACUGGUGAGUGUCACUCGCGCAGUUGCUUUAUUAAAUAUCAAAAAUAUUUGCUGGA